AUGGCAGUAGUCUAUGCAGAACAAGAACAAGCCAUAACUCAAUCUGCAUUUACUUCACAACCCCCAAGAUUUUCCAUAAGAUUUAUGAGCAAAAGAACAACAUGGGUAAUUCUUUUCAUUUUUGUAUCUGUCAUGCUCUUAUCUUCUUCUUGGAACCUCCUCAACUCUGUAUCUUUUUGGUAUGAUUCUUCGGUUUCAACCCCAUCAGACUCACCUCUGUGGCCGGCAAUUUAUGCGUCGAUGGCGCUGGGGCUGAUCCUUGGCCUUGUUGCAUUGCUGGCUGCCUUGGCCGUGCUGGUUCCGGAGACUCUCAUGGUCUGGAUCACAGUGCUUGUUUUGUUGAAUUUUUGUAGGAUGCCUGGGAAAACUUUGGUGCUUGAAGGGAAGAAGCUGACUGGUGAGAUGGCUUGUGUUGUGUUGAAAGUUCUGAUUAGAGAAGGCAAGUUUUUUGUAGCUGUUUGUGCUGUUUUAGCCUUUGGGUUACUUUGCUCUUGUUAG